UGCAAAUCUAAAAGGUGAAGUUGACGCCGGCAAAGCUCGACCAUAAAGUAUCACACGACAGAGAAAGAAGAAACGGUAUCCCAAUGGAAGGCACAAUUAUCAAGGUCGCUGUUUAUUUCAUGAUGCAGAGCAUUAUCAUCCCUGUCACACAUUCAAAGUUAUUUCCUACCGAUCAACUUCAAGGUUCGACAUUACACGUUGUUCGGACUGCUCUCCCAGAAGAAAGAACACUAGAAGGUCACAAAAAUACCUCAAAGACAGAAUCAUCGCAAGGCGAAACCGCUGAGGAUGGCCAAAGGAAGUUCCUUUAUGUUUUGAAGCGCCUCACACGCAGUGCAAAUCACUGCGUGAAAAGCAGGACACAAAGAUACAACAAGUGCCUUGGAAAGUAUAUCUCUGUCCCUAAAUGUAAAACACUCAGCGUGGCUUGUCUAUCAGCGACUAAUGUUGCAGCUAAGUGCAAAAGGAAAUAUACAGUUGUCAACGGCAUAAACGGUCGAAGAUGCUUAAUCAAGGACUGCUCAUGCGCUGCGUGACGUCAUUCUAUGCAUACAACAUGUUUAACUCUUACUUUGUACCUGAUGUAAUAGUUUUCAAUUUUGUUAAAGAGGCACUAGAUUUAAUCAAAUCCUUCGCAGAAUUUACGAUAAAAAACUGUAAAGUAAUAACAGUACUAGUAAAAAUGUUCAGUAGGCUGCAAAUGCGCAGUAUGAGAAUUAAGGUAAACUAGAAUCACUAUCUGAUGUUUGUUGUCCUUCAAGGAUAGGGAAGCUUACGUUAUAAAUUCACGAGAAUGUAGAAAUUCUAUCGUCACACUCCUUUGUUUAUUGAUCGCCAAAUGUUGGAGAAGAUUUAUUGCUAUAUUUUCUGAUUUAUUAUUGUUAUAUUAUUAUUUAUUAUUGUUAUAUUUUCUGAUUUAUUUAUUGACAAGUUAGUUCGUCUUGGAAAAAAAUAUAUUUAUUGCCAUUACGCGCCAUAGGUUGGAUUAUUGUAAUGUAUUACCAUGAAUGUAAAGUUGUCUCUUUUGCUUGAUUAAAAGGAGAUAUUGAUUA